GGCAAAAUAAUUUAUAAUUUAAUUUAAUUUAAAUAAAUCUAUCAAAUAAAUUAAUUUAAAAUAAUUUUUUUUUAACGACACACAAAAAAAAAAUAUGAAAAAGCUGUAUAGUAUAACUUUGAUGUUUGUUAUAUGGUGUUCUUUUACCAUAUCUACAAGUUUCGCGGAUUAUAUUCAUCAAGAAGGCUAUUGUGUUAUGCAUGGCCAUUGUGGCUCCAAAAGUUUUUUUGGCAAGGAAUUGAACUGUCCUCACAACAAACCAGCUAUUGAGCCCGAUUACGAUUUGAGAUCAAAACUUGUUCAAAUUUGUGGGUCACAAUACGAAAAUUCACUAACAUGUUGUGAUGCGAAUCAAUUAGACGAUCUCAACUCCAGUACAAAACAAGUUGAGACAUUGAUCAGCACCUGUCCAGCAUGUUGGAAGAAUUUUUUAAAUUUUUUUUGUACAUUAGCAUGUUCUCCAAACCAAUCAACUUUCUUAAAUAUAACGUCCAUAGGAACUUCACCAAUUACAAAUUUAAAAAUUGUUACAAGUGUUGAUUUUUUCGUGGGCGAAACACUUGGAAAGGGAUUUUACGAUUCUUGUAAAGACAUAAAAUUUGCUGCCACAAAUGGUUAUGUAAUGGAUUUUAUUGGUGGUGGAGCCAAAAAUUAUCAUGAUAUGUUGGCUUUCUUAGGACAAGAAAGACCUAUUGGAUCUCCUUUUCAAAUUGAUUUUCCUCUAAAUGAUACUUCAGAUAUCAUGUUGCCAUAUGACGACCCGCCUAAACGAUGUAAUGAUAUUGAUGUAAAAUAUCGUUGUUCUUGUGUGGAUUGUCAAUCGGUCUGUCCCGUGCUAGAACCAACUCCGGAAGAGAAACCUCCGUGUCUUGUUGGUUCCUUGACUUGUUGGGCAUUUGGACUUUACCUAACUUACUUUAUUUUAUUAAUGGCUAUUGUGAUUAGACUUUUCGUAGAGAAAUUUUGGAAUAGAAAUAGGUUUGACAGAGAAGGAUUUGAACCUGUUGCACUUACUGAAGAAGAAGACACUUCAUUAACUCAAGAACAUCCAUCGAGACGAUACGCUCUUAAUUUACUUUUACAAGAUUAUUUCUAUCAACAAGGAUAUAUGUGUGCUAAAUAUCCUUGGCAAACGAUAGGUGUCGCCGCGUUAAUAGUAUUUCUUGCGACAUUGGGUUGCUCACAAUUUGAGGUGGAAAGAGACCCUGUAAGACUCUGGGUUGCGCCAAACUCAGAUUCUGCAAUGCAGAAAGAAUUCUUUGAUCAAAAUUUUGGACCAUUUUAUAGAACCCAACAAAUUUUUAUAAGUAACAUUAACUCUGGCUUAAGUAUUAUAAAUUAUGAUACUAUAAAAAAAUUAUUUAUUAUUGAACGCGAAAUUCGUGAAUUGAAAUCUUUCCCUGAUAAUCAUACAUUGCAAGAUUUAUGUUUUCGUCCUAAUGGAGAUUCGUGCAUAGUUCAAUCUGUAACAGGGUAUUGGCAAUCGGAUUUGGAUAGAUUUUCAAAAGAAACUUGGGAAGAGGAAUUUAAGUCAUGCACAUUUGCACCAACUUACUGUUUACCGGAUUUUCAACAACCAUUAAAGCCAGAUAUGAUUCUUGGUGGGUUUGAAAAUGAAGACUAUAUAAAUGCAAAGGCUUUAGUCCUUACUUAUGUUUUGAGGAAUUCAUUGAAUCAGAAUGAAAUCGAUGCAGCUAGAGAAUGGGAAAAAUCAUUAAGAGAAUAUUUGGAUAAAUUAAUUGGCGGAGAAAAUGAUAAAAUCGACGUGUCACAACUUCGAAUAACUUUCUCAACAGAGAGUUCGCUUGAAGCUGAAUUAAAUAAAUCAACAAAUACCGAUAUUUAUACUAUCAUUUUAUCGUAUUUGGUCAUGUUUUUUUAUGCAUCCCUGGCUUUAGGAAACGCUACAUUGUUCCCGCGAACGAUUAUUGACUCAAAAUUUAUGCUUGGAAUCAGUGGAAUUAUUAUAGUAUUGGCAUCAGUUUCAACAGCAGUCGGAAUUUUCUCUUUACUUGGAAUUAAAGUUACUUUAAUUAUAGCUGAAGUGAUUCCUUUCCUUGUCCUCGCAGUAGGAGUUGAUAAUAUUUUCAUAUUGAAUCAUGAAUUUGAAAGGCUUACGCUGAAAUCAUUUGGUGAAGUGUCAGUUGAAGAACGUAUUGCUAAAACAUUAGGACGUAUGGGACCAAGUAUUUUGUUGAGUGCAUUAAGUGAAACAAUUGCAUUCGGUUUAGGUGGAAUUGUUACUAUGCCAGCAGUAAGAAAUUUUGCUCUUUAUGCUUCAUUGGCUGUUUGGGUAGACUUUUCUUUGCAAGUAACUGCGUUCGUAGCAUUCUUGUCUUUGGACGCUAAACGACAGGAAGAAGAUAGAAUUGAUUGUUUUCCUUGCUAUAGAAUUGAAAGGGCCCCUGAACGCAUUGACAAAGAAGGGUUAUUACAAAAAUGUAUGCGAAAAUAUUACGCACCUUUUGUAUUAAAUAAGAAAGUUCGUAUCGUUAUCGUUAUUUGCUUUGUUGGCGUGUUUAUGACAUCUUUGAGUUUUGUCCCUCAAGUAGAACUAGGUUUAGAUCAAAGGAUUGCUUUACCGUUCGAUUCAUAUUUAGUUGAUUAUUUUAAUGAUUUGGAUGCAUAUUUCCGCAUUGGACCUCCAGUUUACUUUGUUACUAAAGAUUUUAAUGUAACAAAAGUAGAUGGCCAAAAAUCAUUAUGUGGAAGAUUUAGCACGUGUAACCAAUUAUCAUUGGCAAACAUAUUAGAACAAGAACGCAAACGUUCCAAUGUUUCAUAUAUUGCUGAGCCAACAUCCGUAUGGAUUGAUGAUUUUUUUCAUUGGUUAAAUCCGUCAUUGGAAAUGUGUUGUAGAUUUAAGAAAGGAACAGAUCAAAAAGAAUUGUGCGAUGAAUAUGAUGAUGAUAAUGAUUGUGAGAUUUGUUUUAAAGAUCGAGAACCACAAUGGAAUAUUACAAUGUCAGGAAUGCCACAAGGAGAAGAAUUUUUAAAAUAUUUGGGAUUAUGGUUAAAAUCAUCUCCGGAUGAAAGUUGUCCUUUAGCCGGAAAAGCCGCCUAUGGAGAUGCGAUUGUUCGCGAUUUAGAAGAUAUCACAGUUAAAACAAGUCAUUUUCGUACAUUUCAUACUCCAUUAAAAAGUCAAAAUGAUUAUAUUGCAGCCUAUCAUUCAGCACAUAGAAUAAGCGAAUUAAUAAAUGAAGAAAAUCCUUCAAUACAAGUGUUCCCAUAUUCAGUAUUUUAUAUAUUUUUCGAACAAUAUGAAUAUAUUAUAAGUUUAGCGGCAGAAAUAUUCUUUUUGGCAUUUGUUUCAAUAUGGUUUGUUACUACAUUACUACUUGGAAGUGCGUGGACGGGUUUUAUUGUAGUAUGUCAUGUUAUAAUGAUUAUUACCAAUGUAUUAGGAAUAAUGGCGUUGUGGGGUGUAUCAUUAAAUGCAAUUAGUUUGGUGAAUUUGGUAAUAUGUGUUGGUAUCGGAGUGGAAUUUUGUGUGCACAUAGCAAGAGCAUUUAUUGUAGGAGGUGAAGGAGUUGAUAGAGAAGAGCGAGCGUACAGAUCAAUAGUUGAUGUGGGAAGUUCUGUGUUAUCAGGAAUCACACUGACAAAGUUUUGGGGAAUUCUAUUAUUUUAAGUUUAAUUGGUGGAGAAGGUGUAGGAAGUGGCGAAGAUUUUGAUUAUGAUGUAUUUGAAGAUGAAGAAAUGUUUGGUGGUCGGCCUAUCAGAAGCGCUGAUAAUAGGAUGUUAGUUGAUGACGGCGGUAUUGAAAGUGGCGAGAGUGAUGCUGAAGAAUUAUGAUCUUUUUAUAUUUUGUAGAGUGUAUAAUAUUUGUAUAUGUGGUAUUAUUUUUAUAUAUAUAGAUAACCUUGCGUUUAAUAUGUUUAUUUAUAAAAAUUAUUUUUUUAGAAUUUAAACUAAAUUUAGAUCCCGACAUUUUAUCGGUUUUUAAUUUUUAAAUUCGUUAAG